UAAACAUGUCUUCGAACAAAACCUCUUGGUGCCUGGCUGAUCCUUGGUGCUGGAGGGGGAAACCCACGGGUAACGGACACGAUCCUGCUACAGUGGAGCCCAACAUGGGCCCCCUGGAACCCAGCGCCUGGAAGGGAUGCGGCCAGAUCCGGAAGAGGAGCUGAUGAACAGCUUGGGGCAGAUGCUGGCCCGUAUAGAGGAGAUGCGGCGGGCAGAGGCGGAGGAGAACCGCCGGUUCCUCAAGGCCCUCCUGGACCCGCCGGCUCUGCAGCUGUACCCCGUUCACCAGGAGACGUCGAAGCUGCCGACCCCCGAGGCCCAGGACCCGUCGGAGCUGCCGAACCCCGAGCCCCAGGACCCGUCGGAGCUGCCGACCUCCGAGGCCCAGGACCCGUCGGAGCUGCAGACCUCCGAGGUCCAGGACCCGUCGGAGCUGCUGAACCCCGAGGUCCAGGACCCGUCGGAGCUGCCGACCCCAGUACCCGUCGGAGCUGCUGACCCCUGAGGUCCAGGACCCGUCGGAGCUGCCGACCGCCGAGCCCCAGGAUCCGUCGGAGCUGCCGACCGCCGAGCCCCAGGAUCUGUCGGAGCUGCCGACCUCCGAGCCCCAGGAUCCGUCGGAGCUGCCGAUCGCCGAGCCCCAGGACCCGUCGGAGCUGCCGACCUCCGAGCACCAGGACCCGUCGGAGCUGCCGAUCCCCGAGCCCCAGGACCCGGCGGCGCUGCCGACGACCCAUGUUCCCCGGGACCCGUCGGCGGCGCCUGUUACCCCUGCCCCGUCCCCAUCUCGGCUAGCUUCAGCUCCCCGUCCCCCCGUCCCAGUCAACCCCAGAGCCCCCACGUCCUGAGCCCGGUCCCACAGAGCCCCCUCCUCCCGAGCCCGGUCCCCCAGAGCUCCUCCUCCGCCCAAGCUCUCAUGGGGGGGGGGGGAGUAAAUCGGGUGGUGGGGAGUGUGGCAGCUGUCUCUGAUUUGGCCUCGGCUGCUGAUGAUUGGCAAUCAGUCAGCAGCCGAGGCCACUCUUAUAAAAGCUCCCACUUGAGAGUGGAGGGGGGAGUGAGCAGAGGCGCAGGUUUUGCGGUCUGCUUGUGCGUUAUUUGCUGACAAAUAAAUUAUGUCUUUCAACGAAACCUCGUGGUGCCUGGCUGGUCCUUAGUGCGGGUGGGGGAAACCCACGGGUAGUGGCAUGAGUCCUGCUACAGUCCCCAUUUACUUUCUGCUCGAUUCCUGCAUUGUUUUACAUCCGGCAGUCUUCCUCGAUUUGCAUCAACUGUCGAUUUGUGCUCGUGCUCCAUCGUGUUACCAGAGGUCAAAGGUCACAGAAGAUAACGUAAAGGCUUCAUUCAGAAUGGCAAUGCCCAUCUCGCACAUCUCUCACCCUUUCAGGAAACAGACGCUAAGAUCCCGCCACAUGGUGGCGCUUGUCUUUGGUCCGGAUCUGAAGGUCUUAUCACUGAAGUAGCAGAUAUUCUUCCAUUGGACACGUUUGCUGAUAUUUGCCGGGGAGAGACGAUAAGGAGAAACAUUGCGAAAAUUCUGAGGAAAUGUAAUGUGUUUACCUCCCAUUUUACAGCCACUACUUUGAACCACGAAAAAUAUAUCCAAUCAGUAUCCGGCGUGGACUCGCGCAUGCGUUGAAAAGACAAGUGUAGCCAGGGCGAUGGCUGGUAGGAUAGGACCUGCCUGGCCGUUAGUUCUGUCAGUAGCCGGAAUUUACUGUUCCUCUUAAUAUUCAUUUGCCUCUCGAUUGAUUUUAAAGCCAUGGACCAAAAAAAGCUAUGGUGCUGCAGCUGUUCAACUGAUCCACCACUAAGACGUCUGUACGCCCCUGAGCGGCGCUGGCGGUGGAACACACGCACACAUCGACAUCCAGAUUACCAUCGUAUUUUAUUAUCUUUCUUCCCAAGUAUAAAUCUCGGCUGUCAGACUUCAUCUAUGUAGAAAGUGUAUUUGAAAUUGAAUCGUUCUGUCGCAAGACCGCGUGUCAACAACACCGUGUUGCGACACGACCGCCGGUUGUUUGAAAGUUUACCUUUCUCACGGCCUGAAGCUGCAGAGAGCCAGCGGUGUGACAGCAAAGUGAACGCGGCGGGAAGAAUAGAUGAAUACAUGCCGGUCUGACCACUUCAAACCUGAGUGGGAGCUGCUUCUCUCUGGUGCGGCGCGGCCGAGCCCAGUCAGAUUUCAUAAUCUGUCUAUCAACAGAACCCAGAAACCCACAAGCAGCAGUUUGCACCAUUUGUUUCCCAGCUCAGAAUUCCCACUUAAAAUACAAAAGGGCCUUUUUUCUUUCUUUCGCAGGAACCAUUUCGACAUGUCGCAGCACAGGUGUAAAUAAUCUAAUGAAUAAUGGAUGCAUUCCAUUUAGCGGCUUCUGCAGGUUCCCGUUGUUGCUCAAUGCCGACUCGCUGUCAAGCUUUACUGGGGACCCUUGAGUUAUGUCAAGAGUAACAAUUAGCUUCUUCUUUUUUCUUUACGUCUAAAAUUUCACCUGUAAAGAAAAAAAGGGUAAUGUUCAAAACGUGCAUAGGUUGGCACUGCAGACGUUUAACAGGGUGGAUCUUGUAUAAGUGGCCUGCAUUGUCCUGUGGUAUCAAUGCACUAAAAGGGAGCAGACAGGACAUUCUGUCAUGUAUUUUUUUUGAGUGGCAAAGAAUUCUUUAAUAUUAAAUAAUAUUUCCGAAGGUUGGUGCAUAGAAAACACCAUGCAUAUAAUAUAAUUCACUUCUUUUAUGCUGGUGUGAUAUGAAGGUGUUGCGUGCUUGUGAAACACGAGUGUGUCAUCAGAGACAAUGAGCCAGUGCGGUGGACUCUCACUGGUUUUUACUUUUGUAUUAAGCUAUUCCCUCGAAGUCGCAAUAAAAUCGCUGUUUAUUGCCGACUUGCGUAACAGAGGAAGAGGCGGGGCCAGUUGCCCUCUGACUCGAGGAUGGGAGGUUGGCGGGUGAAUAUAAUCACCAUAUAAUCUAAACUAUUAUUCAUCAGACGUGGUUGGAUCUUUUUGUUGUUUCCGUUCAGUCUUUUUUUUCCAAUUAUGGAAAUCAUUCAAUACGAAUGAAAUGUGAAUACAGAAUGUCGACGUGUGCUUCAGAACAAUGCGUUUGCAUCAAGUCGUACAAUAUUGCCUUAAAUUAUGCCACUGAGGGCAUAGGGCAAAACUGGCCCUGAGAAAUAUCAUGUUGCCCCUGGAGAGGCAAAAGAUGCCACAGAAUUUAAAUAAUUUAAUAGCGUUUUGCUGUUUUUCUAGGUAGGUACAAACAAAUGAAAUCAAUACAUAGAAUUAUGAAUUAUAAAAAACAAAGAAACAAUAAUAGUUGUUGAACCACAAAGAAAUAAUAACAUUUAAUAUGUUUUCUGUUCGUUCUUUGUUCGAAGAAAUCUAACAAAACACUGAAUCCGUAGAUUACUGCCUAAUAAUCUCAUUACUGCCAUAUAGUCUUAUUAUUGACAUCUUUGUGACAGUUGCUAAUAUACUGUAAGCCUAAACAAGUAUAUUUAUUAUUUUUGAAGAAAGGUUCAAUGUUAUUUCACAAGUUUCAAAAAGUGCCCACCAUUUAUUUCUAAAUGCUCCUGGACUUCAGUCAGUGGAGGAAAAAACUGCCCCCUAAAGAACAUGUAAAUCCCCUCCCCUGUGCAUUGUAACCACGAGUGAGCACUCAGCUAGUCCUGGUGGCUAGUGGCACCUAGCAUGGUAGCCCCCUGCCACCAGGGGGUGAAUGGGUGAUGACGUGUAGAGUCCAGCGCUGUGAGUGGUCAGAAGGCGUUGUGCUAGCACAAAACUAUUAGCCAUGUAGGCAGCAGGCGUCAUGCCGGAUAACUCUUAAAUUAAGAUACAUGCUGUCAAGCUAUCAUGCCACGUUACAUGGUUGACCUGUUUUCUUUCUGCGAUGCCUGUGCAAGCCGCUGCUGCUGUUCUGUAUAACUCAACGGCUAGCGGUUGUUAGGUGUGGCCGAGAGGUCGAACAACAAGACCGUCACUUUCAGAAAUCUGUGAUUUUGACUUAGGGUGCCUUGGUGUUCCACUGAACCAAUCAGAAGGUCUCUAGAAAGACUUAGGGUGCCUCGGUGUUCCACUGAACCAAUCAAAAGGUCUCUACAAAGAAUUAGGGUGCCUCGGUGUUCCACUGAACCAAUCAGAAGGUCUCUAGAAAGACGUAGGAUGCCUCGGUGUUCCACUGAACCAAUCAGAAGGUCUCUAGAAAGACUUAGGGUGCCUCGGUGUUCCACUGAACCAAUCAAAAGGUCUCAACAAAGACUUAGGGUGCCUCGGUGUUCCACUGAACCAAUCAAAAGGUCUCUAGAAAGACUUAGGGUGCCUCGGUGUUCCACUGAACCAAUCAAAAGGUCUCUAGAAAGACGUAGGAUGCCUCGGUGUUCCACUGAACCAAUCAGAAGGUCUCUAGAAAGACUUAGGGUGCCUCGGUGUUCCACUGAACCAAUCAAAAGGUCUCUAGAAAGACGUAGGAUGCCUCGGUGUUCCACUGAACCAAUCAAAAGGUCUCUAGAAAGACGUAGGAUGCCUCGGUGUUCCACUGAACCAAUCAAAAGGUCUCUAGAAAGACGUAGGAUGCCUCGGUGUUCCACUGAACCAAUCAGAAGGUCUUUCAUUCCAGCGGCGGUUUGGUUUGGGCAUCUUCUGGUUUUGUUUCUGGUCUGUUGUGUCUUACGUCUGUAUGACUUGUUGCUGGACACGAGUCCCCCACUGGGGAUUAAUAAAGUUUCUCAUCUAAAGUAGCGUGUCCAUGCGAAUGUGUGUACGUCUCAGUCGGGCAGACUGCACAUUGUUCAAAGCCAAGAAGGCUUCGUCAACUCGCGUUGCAUUAAAGGUCACGGUUUCAUACAGCCGUGACGGGCUGGUGAUUGACAGCGACGUUGAUGUUGUUGUGAGCCAAGGAAUCCCACGGUGUACCCGACAGCCACGCAAUGGUCACAAUGAGUUGAUUGUCAUCUAGAGAAGCCACAGUCCCAGCAUGUGUUGUUUUUUAUUGUCGAGAGGAUGUGACUAAUUGUCCAAGUGUCCUGUGUUGUGUUUUUUGA